GUGAAAUUGUACCACCUGGCAGGCGGUUGUUCAUGCGUUCAUGCCAGUGAUGACUAUCCACAAGUUUGCUUCCGGACGAUCCAUGACAGGCCUAUCGGUGCUUUUGUGUCGAACUUUCUGCUACACCUCCGGCGAUUUCUCGGUAGCUUUGGUUACUCGAUGCCGUCGUUGUUCUAGCGCAAGAUAUCGUUCCGAGUCGGUCGACACACGUAUAGUCAGUGAGUUCAGCGCUUUACCCUCGUAUGUGACAGAUUGAUGAACAAAUCUACCUGGUGUCGAUGAUGCGCCAGGCAAAUCUAUCUAUCGAUUUUUUUUGCCGAUGUACACGGAUCUUGGUCACGGCAUGACAGAGUGCGUACUUUUCGCUGGAUU